GUUUGCUCUAUCGCCCUGCUCUUUUUCUUCCUGGAUUGAAGCAGGUUUCUGAGUGAAGCAGCCGAAUAAAAGCCAUGGACGUUGCGGUGCUGGACAGAAAUAAUUGAAACGAAAAUGAAAAUAAGCGAACUGCUUUGAAAAUACUCGAACUCUCUAGCUGAGCAACUGGAGGAGAACAGUACUUGUAAAAUAAAGAAACAAAACGACAAAAUUGUUUUCAGUACGAAUGAGAACAGUGGCAGGUUUAGCUAUAUACUAUCUGAGCUGAUUAGCUAGGUAGCUGUGACCGAAGCAGAUCUGGGUUGCGGGCAAGGUGCUCAACAAGAGGAACUGCAGGAAGACCGAACCCCCUUGAGCACAGAUGGAUAAUUACCUCUAAUAGCUAGAUGUUAAACCAAUGUGGUCCUGUCCCGUUUAACUAUCCGUGCCAGUAAAACCGCAGUCUUAAUAUUGAAUCAAAUAUAUAGGCUACAUUUUGGUGCUGUAGUAUAGUAGCCUAGUUGCAUCUAAAUAUCUUAUUGCAACUUAAAAUUAUUGAGGUAAUAAUUUGGUGCUAUUUGGUCUUUAUUCCCGCAAAUGGCUUGUUGUUUGAAAGACGAGCUUCUGUGUUCCAUCUGUCUGAGUAUUUACCAAGACCCAGUAAGUUUCGGGUGCGAGCAUUACUUCUGUCGAAAGUGUAUCACGGAACAUUGGAGCCGACAGGAGCACCACGGCGUCCGCGACUGCCCAGAGUGCCGCAGAACCUUUGCCGACCCGUUGCUCUCGCCAAGCCUGAAGCUGUCUAACAUCGUGGAGAGGUACUCCGCUUUCCCGCUGGACGCCAUCCUGAACGCACAGCGGAGCCCCUACCCCUGCAAGGACCACGAGAAGGUUAAGCUCUUCUGCCUGAGCGACAAGAGCCUAGUGUGCUUCUUCUGCGACGAACCAACACUGCACGAGCAGCACCAGGUCACCACAGUGGACGAGGCCUUCGAAGAAAUACAGAGGGAGAUGAAGGAGCAGCUGGCCAGCCUCCAGGACAGUGAGGUGGGACACACAGAGGCCUUGCAGCUGCUCCAGAGGCAACUCACAGAGACCAAGCUGUCAGCGAAGAGCCUGCGGGCGACGAUCGGCGAGGCGUUCGAGCGGCUGCACCGCUUCCUGCGGGAGCGGCAGAAGAGCAUGCUGGAGGAGCUGGAGGCCGACACGGUGCGCACGCUCGCCGACAUCGAGCACAAGAUCCAGCGCUACAGCCAGCAGCUGCGCGACGUGCGGGAAGGCAUCCAGAUCCUGCAGGAGCGCCUGGGGGAGACCGAGAGGCACGGCUUCCUGGAGGGGGUGGCCCUCACCUCCGAGAGAAUAAAAGGGAAAAUCCAUGAGACCAAUCUCACCUACGAAGACUUCCCCACCUCAAAGUACAUGGGUCCCCUGCAGUACAGUAUCUGGAAGUCUCUGUUCCAGGACAUAACCCCAGUGCCUGCCGCCCUGACGCUGGACCCCCUGACGGCCCACCAGCGCCUCAUCCUGUCGGACGACUGCACCAUCGUGGCGUACGGGAACCUGCACCCCCAGCCGCUGCAGGACUCUCCGCGGCGCUUCGACGUGGAGGUGUCGGUCCUGGGGGCUGAGGGCUUCGGCGGCGGGGUCCACUACUGGGAGGUGAUGGUUUCGGAGAAGACCCAGUGGAUGAUCGGCGUGGCCAGCGAGACGGUCGCCCGCAAGGGCAGCAUCCAGAUCCAGCCCAGCCGGGGCUUCUACUGCAUCGUCAUGCACGACGGCAACCAGUACAGCGCCUGCACCGAGCCCUGGACCCGGCUCAACGUCAAGAGCAAGCUGGAGAAGGUGGGCGUGUACUUGGACUGCCCCCGAGGCCUGCUGGUCUUCUACAACGCCGACGACAUGUCCUGGCUCUACACCUACAGGGAGAGGUUCCCCGCAAGGCUCUACCCCUACUUCAGCCCGGGACAGAGCCACGCCAACGGCAAAAACGUUCAGCCCCUCCGGAUCAACACCGUCCGUCUAUAGAGGCCCCCAGGGGGCGCCCGCGUCUCGGAAGCACACAGAAAUUAAGAUGGGAACGGGAGGGAGCAGAUGGGACUCUGUUUUGUGUUUGUGUGAGGGACCAUGGUGCUCACUGCACUGUGUACUUUUCAUUGCGCUGGUGUGUGAGUGCUGUACUGGUCUGGUCUGUACGCCCCGUCAUCCUGAACUGGCUCUUGAACAUCCACCCCGCUGUUCAAAGACUGGCCUCGCUGUCAGUCACUCACUCCAUGCUAUCCUGAUCUCCGUCAUCUCCAGUUGAUGCAUCCAGCUGCUAGGACUCUGGACUCCUGCUCUUGAUGUUAGAGAGUCAAGCUUUAUGCUUUCGCACUUAGCUUUUUCUUCACUAAACUUUUAAUUUACUGAAUGGAUUUUCUCAUCUAAGCUCUUUCUUAAUGCUUUUUCUCACCGUUGGGAAUAGCUAUUCGCAUACAGCCGGGUCAUGCUGCAGUCUCUACAGCCGAUGCAGAAGGGCACAAGCAGUCUCCUCUGAAGCACGUGAGGUUGGCGGCAGCUUCUUUUCACAAUGCAGCCCACACAGUCAAGUUCACACAGACAUGAGAAAGAGGAUUUAGCAAGCAGACCACUGGGGGUCUACCUGUGGGGGUCUCCAGAAAGCAAUGAGAUGCGGAUCCUAGCUGACUGAAUCCUUCCUAACCUGGGACGAUGCAACUUGAAUAGCAUUUAACCCUGGGGUGCACCAUCCAAUUUGGUCCCACCCUUUUCAUGUUGUAGUGGAGUUAAAGGUCCCGCCCACCUCAUUAAUAAUGUGCCAAUGUGUGGGUGUGAUGAGGCAGCAGCUGAUUUAACUGCAUAAUUGAAUGUUAAAGCUCAUUAUAAAAAGAUAUGGCAGACUUCCACAGCCUUUCCACCUUGGCAGGAUAACAGCAAACCUCAAAAGCAGGCACAGCAAUUAUGCGAUAGCAAUUUGGGGAGAUCAAAACAGCAACUGAAUUUCUGUGGGGAGAUGUCAUUAUUUUUGGGAAAAGUAUCAAAAGGUUCUGCUCUGAGAAUGCAGUUCUAACAGGCCUUCACAACCCACAACCAUGUGAGCAUUUAGAUUUUGCGGCAACAUGUAUUUUCAAGGGUCCAUUUUCUGUCAAUUUCUUAGUACCUAAAUCUUUACAGUGCACUUUCAAUCCCUUUAUAGAGGCAAAGCCCUUCCAUACUCAGCAGCUAAAUCAUUUCUCGCAAUUCUUUGUGAUUCUGAACAGUGCUACUGUUUUAUUGCCUCCAAAUGGUUGAAAACCUGCAAUAGUCUCGGACGGUUCCAUAACUCAGGUGGAAGUUUGCUUGGACGUGUUGAAGCCUGUCCUUCAAACGUGCUGAAUGAAUCAACCGGAAGACCAGCAGCCAUCACUGCAAUGUGUGUUCUGGGAGUGGAGGAGGGUCUGGGAUGGUCUGGGUGG